AUAACAGGGACGGAUGGUGGUUUUUAAAAUAGGGCAAGCCCAGAUGUCUCUUACUGAAGUAUAUAUUUAAUUGUCUGCCAGCUGUUUUUUACUAGCUAGCUCAAUUUUACUGAAGUAGGCAGUAACAGCUAGAUAUCUAGACCUAGAAUAUAAAUAAAAUAAUCAAGCACAGCUUUAAACUUACAAUUUAUUUACAAUAUUUACCAAUUACAAUGAUAAAAUAACAAGCUAAACUUCACUAUAUGGCCAAAGGUUUGUGGACACCUGGCCAUCACACCAAUAUGUGCUUCUUGAACAUCCCAUUCCAGAUGUCCCCACUCUUCUGGGAAGGCUUUCCACUACAUUUUGGAGCAUGGCUGUAGGGAUUUGCCCCUUCAGCUACAAGAGCAUUCAUGAGGUCAGGCACUGAUGUAAGGCAAGGAGGCCUGAGACACCUCCUAUUCAUUCCAAAGGUGUUCAGUGGUGUUAAGGUCGGGGGCAUUGUCAUGCUGGAACAUGUCUGGGCUAGACCUCUUAGUUUCACUGCAGGGAGAUUGUAAAGCUACAGCAUACAAAGACAUUCUAUACAAUUGUGUGCUUCCAACUUUGUGUGUCAACACACAAGCAUGAUGGUCAGGUGUCAACACAUUUUUGGCCAAAUAGUGUAGUUGUGAAAAACUGCUAUGGAUUCGGCUACUGAUUGCUGAGCACUCUGUGAAUCUGACUGGCAAUGUUAUAUUUUAGUGUGAGAUGUCAGUCAUGUUCAUUACCAUUUCAAUGAUUGGUAGCUGGUUACGAGGUUCAGCUACUUUGCAAAACCCACAUGCCCACACUUGCAUUCACCCCAGAGAAGCCCUGCGUCUGGAAGGGACCCAAAACGACAUAUUAAAAGCCUGUUCUCCAAUGAGUGUUUAAAUUUCCUCCCAUUGAAACAGAGCAUAUGUGAAUCUGUUAUAGAAGAGUGGUGUCUGUGGGCAGGGGAUUGAUCUGCAGUGAGAGACUUGAUCAUUUAAAUUGCUAAAAUAUUGAAUUUCACCAAGAGUGAAAAAUAAUAUAGAUACAUUGGUAAAAUUUCAUUACUGCAUUUUAAUGAAAUUUUAGGGGAGGCCAGGCGUCCCAUGUAGUCUUAAGCAAUCGACUGUGUUCUAAAUUUAAGGUGAUUGUGAAAAUGAAUAAAUAAGAAAAACAUCAUAGACAGGCUCAGUAAUGUGCAGAGAAACCCUAGCAAGACUUUGUAAACACAAACUACCAAAACAGAGCACAUACUGUAUACACUGCAACUAAUGAGGAACAGGUUGCACUAAUGAUGAGGUGGGGCUGGUAGUUAGUAAAGCGUUCAGGAGAAGCAGGAGAUUGUCUGUGUACCUUACAGGCCUUUCCAUUAUUGGCACCCUUCAUGAAAAUAAGUAGAAAUGAAUACAAAAAAGCAAAAAGCUGAUAUUUUGAACUCAAACAUACAGGAAUGCUUUUUUUUAAAUAGAUUAUAAGAUUUGGAUGUUUUUUGGAUCUUAUGUAGUGUAUUUUGUCCUUCAAAACACUGGUUUGGAUAUUAUCAGCAGAAUUAUAAAUUAAUCUUAACAUUAAUAUAUAGAAAGAAUAAUAGCACUGAGUAUCCUUCUGUAAUGCCUAACAAAGUUGAAUACACUUGAGGAGUAGCCCUGAACCACUCAUUCCAACCUCUUAUAUUCUUAUGUUUGUGCCGGUGGACUGCCCUCUUAGAUUCAGGCUGAGAUGGUCUUUGCAACAACUGAUUUUGUGUUUCUUUAACCAUUUCUGUGUUGAUUUGGAUUCAUGCUUGGUUCAUUAACUGGUUAAAAGCUCUGUCCAUGACCAAGUCUUAACCUCCUGACAAAGACAACUAGGAUUAACACUAAAAGAUCCGACUCAUGAUGCCAUCAAUUGUCAGAACUCCCAGACCACUAGCCACAAAACAGCCCCAAAGCAUCAGUGAUGUAUCACUAUAUUUUACAGUGGGUAUUUGGUUUUCCCCAUGGUGAUGAAUGACAGAUUUUACAGGUUGUGUGCAGUAUAUAUUACAUCCCAGAGAAACAGGAGAGUCAAAGGCAACUACAAAAUUUCUGUGGACCGAAAGCAAGUUAAAAAAAAAAAAAAGAUUAUUUAUUUAAGUCAUUUAAAAAUAUUCCUUAGGGGUACCAACAAUAAUUGCAUUCUUAAUAGUAAUGGUUGAAAGAAAAAUAUUGAAGAUGGAGCUUAUUUGCCUGAAGACGUUCAGUUUGAUCAAGCUGUUUUCAGUGAUAUAGCUUUAUCAUCCUAGUUUGUAAGCACUUUUCAACAUAAGCACCUUCCCAACUACUGUGCUGCUAUUCAGUGUUCAAAUUGCUUUCGGGAGGGUCUCUUGAAGUAAACAUGCACACACUGACCUACAUGUGCUUACAGCCAUUUACACACCCACCCACACACGCACACACACACACAGUAGCAUAGCUGUUCCAAAGCAACAACCAAAGCUUAACAAGACAUCCUACUAAUCCUACUAUUGAGCAAUAACAAACUAUACAAAAUACCAUGACUAAUACACAUACAACUAUGAAAAAGCUAGUGUCUUCCCACCCUUAUGCAGAUAGAAUAGACCACAGUGUUCUGUUCUCUACACCAAAAACCAAAAGUUGGGAUGAGAUUGUGGUAGUGCUUGUGGCAGUUCUUGACAUUUUCAUAUAAAUCUGAUUAGACAGACUGAUGACUUGAAGAGAAUCCAGAGUAUAAAAUAUAGGACAGAAACAAGUGAGCUUAUAACAUCAAAUGUGCUUUUACUUUACUUUGGCUUAUUGGAGAAGUGAAGAGAGAGCUGUGGGAAAGAUUAGACUUGUGAAAUUUUAUUUGAUAACUCAUUAUACUUUUAGAAAAAAUUGUUAAACAAAAAGUACAAGUUAAUAAAUUAUCAAUAUCCACAACCUCCCAUGCCUAAACUUAAUCUCUUAUUGUUUUUAAGGUAGCUCAAGGCUUUUUUGGAAGAGAUUAGCUCCCUAAGCCCCCUCUCUGUAAUUUAAGCUCUCCUGUAAUUUGAACACUGAUCCUAUCUGUAUGUAAGAAUUCUUCUGUAUUCCACCAUGCUGUGUUACAAUGUGUGAUCUAUAAUUACCAUUGAUUGCCACAAUUCUAUCAGUGUGGUUCUUUAGUGGAAUAAAGUGUUAUCGAAUCAUGUCUUACUGUUCUGCCAGGACCAUGAGUGCUGGAAUAAAACCCGUGUCUCAGGAUCACAGUGGCUCUGGGAUCCCUCUGCCCCGGACCAUGAAAACCUUCUCCAAGCAGAACACCACAUGCUCAAGCGGCAGCUUCCUGAGUUCAUCUGCACAAUAUCAGCCAGGUGGACGAAUGGCUUCCUUCUCAUCCUCCACCUCUGUUAACUCUAAAGAGCUGCUGAAGGAUGCCUCAUCAAGAAUUCAGUACCAACUGCAGAGAUCGACUCCACUCAAGACCUCAUUUAACCACAUGACUGGUUCUCGCUCUGCCUACAGUAGCCCACAGGUUCCUAAAAGGGAAAUGCAGCGCUCCAAAGAUACGCUGGACCUCCAUAGAGUCCCUGUGUCCCAGGAUAGGUUUGGAGCCCUGACAAGGAAUGCGAACAAAAACUGGAAAACUAAUCAGGUACAAUUCAAGAGCCUGGAUAACGCAGAUACUCCAUCAUCUUCUUGCACAAUGAUGCAGGGAGUUCAGACAGGAAAAGCUCAUCUUAGAACCACCAAUGGGAAUUUGAUUUGGGGAUCCUCUUCUGGUAAUCGACCAGGCUCUAACAAGCAAAGGAUCAAAUUUAAAAAUGGAAGCACUGAGAAAGACAUGAACUCUUGCAAACGUACACCGCAAAAAACUGUAGGAAGUGAAUCACCUCGUAUGGCUGCGGUGGCACCUUUCAGAUUCAGGUAAAAUGACUGAGUUAACAAUAACUCAAAAUAAAAAUUGGCACUAUUUAUUUAUAUUACAGUACUCAUUAUUGAUCCGGUUACUGGCUGUGCAGAGUUAAUCUUAAACAACUUCAACUGGUCAUUUUUUAAAUUUAAUGCCCACAUAUCUUAU